CCAUAAUAACCCAGGCUUCAUUACAACUCUGUGGUUUUUACCUUGUAUUGUCGAAACAAGCCGUUUAUUAGCUAUAAUAUAGUAACCGUUGCCUGAGGAAAGCUGAAACAAACGAUUGUUUGAAUCUAACGGCUCAGAUUUGCUCGUGAAGUUACCUUAAAGUUGAGCUAAUAGCUAACAGCUAACUGAAUUACAUGUCCUUUGCUCGCUGACAGCUUUUUAGUCUUGUUUGUAAUUAUUUUCUACGGUUUAAUCCUUCGCAUGAUGACGAUUUAUGUGAGAGAGAGAUUGUGAAGAGGUUCAUAUUAUUAUCUAUUGGGGAAUAAAAUAAGUAAUGUUACAGCUAUUGUUUUCCCAUUUAGCCACGUAAUGCUAAUGCUAUUCUGAGUUUGACGCCAUGGUGAAAAUUAGCUCAAGGUGUUCAAGCUCAUCCAACAACACGUCCAAGACUCCAGCAGUCACACACAUCAAAACAGAGCCUUGUGCUAUAGAAGUGACUCUAAACAACGUGGACCCACACCAACAGCUAGUUUAUUCCUGUGAUGGAGCUCUAAACCUGGUUUCUGAUAACAUCUCUGCAGAACCUCAUCAGAUAAAACAAGAACCAGGUCACUCUGAAACAGACUUCAUGCAACCAGGGAAUGGAAAUGUACAGCCUCAAUCCAUAGACUCCAGAGUAUCUACAGAGACAAAGACAGAGCCGGAUUGUGCUCAGGGACAUUCGAGUUGUGGUGUUAAAACUGAGCCUGAAAUCCAUGAUGUGGGAAAUUUCCCCUUGAAAGACGAGAAAGAUGAUGUGGAGAUCAAGCUUGAGACCGGAGAAGAGGAGUGUGAUGAAGGAACAGACCGGGAGUCUUUCUUUUCCUGCCCUUACUGUGCUGUGUCCUUCACUGACUAUUCGUACCUUGAAAAGCAUCUCAAAUGGACCCAUCGAAGUAAUUACCUUGUUUGGCUAAAAACUCAGAAAGCACCAAAGUGCAUCAAAAUAUCCUCCAAGAUGCUCAGCUGCUCCUCUUGCAACCAUCACUUCUUUACCCAGGAGCAGCUGAAGGUGCAUAUGCGGCGCGCCCAUCUUCCGACGCCUGCACCAACCCGGAAACGCUACACGUGUCCUCAGUGUGACCGUAGCUUUGAUUACAUCGGCAAUCUGCAGAACCACUGUCGUCGAUGCCACAGUUUGUCCACCGUGUGUACUGACGGAGAGCUGAGCUGUGCUUCAUGUGGCAAAAACUUUGCAGGAAUGUGGGGCCUCGGACCACAUCAGUGCCAGAAAUUAGAAGAAGAACACAAACCGCAAAUAGUUGGUGAUGUAACACUUUGUACAGACCGUGGUUAUCUAUGUCAACACUGUGGAAAGAGUUGUGCUACGUUGCAGUGUUUAACCAUACACACGCGCACACAUACGGGGGAGAAGCCGUAUAUCUGCAAUGACUGUGGGAGUGGCUUUAAAGAGAUGGGCAGCUUGCGCAAGCACAUGGUCAUCCACACUGGUGUCAAGCCGUAUUCGUGCCCUGAGUGUGAGAAGAGCUUUGCUCGAAUGAGCCACCUAAGCACACACCUGCGCACACACACCGGCGAGAGGCCGUACCCAUGUCCUCAGUGUGGUAUGAGGUUCAGUCACAGGUCCACACUGCGUCUACAUUGCCGCGUCCACUCCGGAGAAAAGCCGUUCUCUUGUGUGGAUUGCGAGAAAACGUUUGCGACAUUGAGCAACCUGAAAGUGCACCUCCUGACACACAACCAGGAGAAGAUCCACAAGUGUAACGAGUGCAGGAAGACAUUUUCCAGACCCGACGUGCUGAAGAAACACCUCAGAAUUCACAACGGCGAGAGGCCGUACGUGUGCACUGUCUGCAGCAAGAGGUUCAAUCGCGUCCAGCACCUCACCAACCACCAGCGCACACAUACAGGCGAAAGGCCGUACCGCUGUGAAGAGUGCGGCGCAAGCUUCGCACAGUCUGGCGAUCUAACCAAACAUGUGCGUGGGCACACGGGGGAAAAACCUUAUGCAUGUCCCGAGUGCAACCGGUGCUACAGUAAUUCUGGAGAUCUGGGAAAGCACAGACGCACUCACAGUGGCCACAGGCCUUACAGGUGUCAGCAGUGUGACAAGGCGUUCCUAAUGCCACAACAUUUAAAAACACAUAUUCUCACACACACUGGCGAGAGGCCGCAUAUCUGCCCAAAGUGUCAGCGCACAUUUAUACGCUCGCACCACCUCACUCAGCACCUCAAUACACAUCAUAUUUAGUGUCUUAUAUUUAAAAUAACUCAGUUAAGGGGUUGAUUGCGUUUUUUUUUUUUUUAAAAAGAACUGACUUUUUAAACAUGGGUCAUGACUAUUUGCACAUGAUCCAUGGUUCUGUCUUUUGAAAUACAAAGUCAAAGUAAAAUCCAAGUUUGUAGUAAAAAAUGAUAUUUAAUUGUCAUUAUUACUGCAUCACUGAUCCAUAGGAUUUAUAGCUUCUCAUAAAGCCAACUGUUAAAAUUUAAGCUUUUAUUUUUCAGUGGCCAGUUCCUGUCUCAUAUAAUCAAAUAAUAUGAAUGCAGAUUAUUACAGCUGAUGAGAUUCUUAGGCAAAUUAUCUGUUUUAUUUGGAGCAUGUGACCCAGUCCAAAGUGUGUGUAUUCUGUGUUUAAGGCAAUAAAGGGAUUUUAAGGUGUUAUUUGCGCUGUAACUCAAAAUGGAUAAUGUCACUGUAGAUAAAAUAUGAAACAUGCCAUCGUGUAAUGUGGAAUAGGGAGAAUAAUAAUGGUAGUGCAGUUAUAUUGUAACCCCUAAUGAGACCUGUUAUUUACAAACAAUUAAUAAAACAUUUCUUUUCAAA